CCCCUCAUCCCCUGAAAAUGUAUACCUGUGCAAAGUUCGUCUCCUCCCCCUUCUUGGUCAGGAGCACCUCUCAGCUGUUGAGCCGAUCACUGUCUGCAGUGGCACUAAAACCACCAGAGACACUGACAGAUGAGAGCCUCAGCAGCUGGGCAGCCCCACGUCCCCUGACCUCACUUAUUCCUAGCCGCGAUUUCCAAACCAGCGCUGCUUCAAGGGACAUCGACACAGCAGCCAAGUUCAUUGGGGCUGGGGCUGCCACAGUUGGGGUGGCUGGUUCUGGGGCUGGAAUUGGGACUGUGUUUGGGAGCCUCAUCAUUGGUUAUGCCAGGAACCCCUCUCUGAAGCAGCAGCUCUUCUCCUACGCCAUUCUGGGCUUUGCCCUCUCGGAGGCCAUGGGGCUAUUUUGCCUGAUGGUGGCCUUUCUCAUCCUCUUCGCCAUGUGAAGGAGCCGUCUCCACCUCCCAUAGGUCUUUUUCCC